AAGUUGCAUGUUUUAUAUGACUCGAUCAAUUAGAUGAUCAAAUUGUAAUUGGCUGAUAUUCCUAUAAUUUCAGAACAAUUAGAUACACAAUAAAUACAGAUGCAUAGAAAAAAGAACCAAUAUUAUGACAUAUUAUUAUUGAAUAAAAAUGCAACAGUGCUAUCGUUGAGUAAAGAACCUUGUAGUCACUGCUGCCAUCUAAUUCUUUAAUACAUGUGUUUCAUAUAACCUGAAAAGUAAACAAAUGUAAAAAUGCAGCAUUUUGAUGCGGCAUAUUUAGUCGUUGUUUAAAAGCAUAAAUAAUAUAAUUAUUAUUUAAUAUUAUUAAUUACUACUCUUUGAUAUUUAUUGUUAUUAAGGCUACAACAUGGGAAAUGGUGGUAAUAAGACUGACAAAAAGAAACUUUCUUGGAUCUAUAGAAAAAAGAAAAAAUUACAGAAGUCUAAGAAUGUGACAGAAAAUAGAAAUGAUAAUGUGACAGAAGAUAAGACACCUAGGAUCAUUGUGCGUAAUGUGCCAUUUAAGGCAACUGAAGAAGAUGUGAGAAAAUUUUAUGAACCAUUUGGUCAAAUAGUAGAAAUAAAUUUUCCAAAACGUCCAGAUGGGGCACCACUUGGAUGUUGUUUUAUUCAAUUUAAACAAUUAGAACAAGCCUCAAAGGCAAUAUUUAAUACAAAUAAAAAAGAAUUACUUGGGAGAAUAAUAAGUAGUAGUUGGGCUAUUUCUAAAUCUAAAUAUUAUGAAAAAAUAAAAACUGAAUCUGCAGUAAAUUUAGAUGCUGAUAAAGUAGAUGAUAAUAAUACAAAUGAAGAUCAGACAUCAAAUAAAGACGAUGGCGAACAAGGUGGAGAUUUUGAUAACAAAGAAAAAUUAACUCAAAUAAAAAGAGAAAGGAGAAAAUUGCUAAAAGACAAAAAUCGAAAGAAAAGAGCAAGAAUUAUAGUGAGAAACUUAGCAUUCCAGGUAACUGAAGAAAAUUUGAAAGAUCAUUUUUCUCAAUACGGAGAAAUAGAAGAAGUAAAAAUCUUAAAAAGAAGUGAUGGUAAAAAUGUUGGAUGCGCAUUUUUACAAUUUGAUCAUGUACAAAGUGCAGCUAAAGCUAUACAUUAUGCUAAUUUACAAGAACUUUUUGAUAGGCCAAUUGUUGUUGAUUGGGCUGUAGCUAAAAAUAAAUUUUCUAAGAACUCUGAAAAUGAAACCAAUGGUGAAGUAAAAGUGAAAAUAGAAAAAGAUAGUGAAGGAUCUGAGAAUGAAGAUGAAAAACACAUAGAUAUUGUAACAGAUGCACAUAAUUCUGAUAGUGAUGAUUCCGUAGAAGUAGAAAUAAAAUCAGAAAAUGAGAAUGACGCUUCAAGUCAAGAUUCAUCUGAAGAUGACGAGAAAGAGGACACAAAGGAGAUAAAACGCCCACGAUAUGAGUCACAUGAUGUAUCUGAAGGAAAAACUAUAUUUCUUAAAAAUUUACCCUUUUCUGUAAAAAAUGAAGAAUUAAAAAAGUAUAUGGAACAGUUUGGGCCAGUAUAUUAUGCUCUUGUAUGCAUGGAUCCUCUUACUGAGUAUUCAAAGGGUACAGCAUUUGUGAAAUUUAAGAAUGUUGAAGAUGCUGAAAAAUGUUUAUCAGCAGGAAAUGAAUUACAAAUGCAAGAUCAAGUACUCGAAGCACAAAGAGCAUUAGAUAAGAAUGAAAUUGAAAAUAAAGCAAAUUUAAAGCAUCAGCGUCAUAAAGACUCUAGAAAUUUAUAUCUUGUGAAGGAAGGAGUUAUAUUGGCUGGAAGUCCAGCAUCUGUUGGAGUUUCUGCUGCAGAUAUGGCUAAACGAUUACAAAUAGAGCAAUGGAAGUCACAGAUAUUGCGGAAUUUAAAUAUGUUUGUAUCCAGAGUACGAUUGGUUAUUCAUAAUUUACCACCUACAUUGAAUGAUGUAAAAUUUAAAAAAAUAGUUGCAGAAUACAGUCCUCGCAAUGCAGUUAUUAAAGAGGUACGCAUUAUGCGAGAUCUCAAGAAUGUAGAUAUGAAUGGUGUAGGAAAAUCAAAAGAAUAUGGCUUCGUUUCGUUUACAAGACACGAAGACGCGCUGGAAGCUUUGAGGAACAUAAAUAAUAAUCCAAACAUAUUUACUUCAAAACGAAGACCUAUAGUGUCCUUUUCAAUUGAAAAUCGAGUUCUGGUAAAUGCUAAACUGAAGAGACUGCAAAGAAGCCGCGAGAAUAAUCCUCUCUGUUCUGAGAAUAAUAAUAAAAGAAAAGGAGGAAAUGCAAACGGAGAAGUUGAAACGAAAAAGUUAAAACUUGAAAAUGCAGAUAAUUCUAAUAAAAAAUCAUAUACUGGAGUGAUUGCAAAACCUGGUGAGAAUAAAUUACGAUCGAAAUUUAAUGUAAAAACUCAAGCGAUUUUGCACAGUCAAACAGUGAAGAAAGAAAAUAAAAUGAAAAAGUCUUCUAAAAAAUUAGAAAUAAAACGAAGAGCGAAUAUUGCCAAUAAAAGUGAAAUUAAACCAAAACAAAGAACAAAAGUAAACGCGGAAGAUGUAAAACUGGACACACUCGUGAAUAAAUACAAGAAUACAUUGAAAUCGAUAGAAUUAAGGAAGUCAAAGUGGUAUGAAUCGUAAUGCAAAAUCAUUUUGAUUCAUCCAUCUUAAUAACAAUGUAUAAAUACAAUAAAAAUAUUAACAAAUUUAA